AUGGAUGAAGAGGAGGUUGAAGGAACAGACAAUGAGUUUGAGAGAGCGGGGCUCUGGCCCGCGCUCCUCGUGGCGCUGCUGGCCGCGCUCGCCGCCUGGCUCUGGUACGGCGGCGCCGACGGGCGAGGAGAGCGGGGCGGCGAGGCCGAGGAAGCGGCGGCGGCCCCGCACCGGGCCGGCCUGGGCGCCGCGGGGCCCCCUGUGCGCGGACCGGCGUCCACAGGGGAGCCUGCAGCAAGCAGUGAGCAUGUCCCGCGGGAAGCCAAGGCCGCUGUGCCGCCUGGUGUUCAGAAGCCACAAGAGGAUUUGGCAGCUGCGGCGAGGACGGAGCUUAACCACGUUCACAGUGAUGGAGCAUCUCGCAAGCUUGCGGAGACAGAGCCACUGCUGGCCAGGCAGCCUGUCGGCUCCCAGGAGCAUCCAAAUGAGGCAUCCAGGAGCCAUGUAGGGGAGCCGCGGCCCCAGAAGGGGCAGGCGAGCGAUGGCUGGUGUGUGAUGAGCUUGGCAGAAGCCCCUGCUGAGGUGCGUAAGGACACGGGUGAAGAGCUGCUGGGUCCGCCCAUGGAGAGUAGGGACUUGGACCACGAAGAGUGGGAGGUUGUUUCUGAGCACCAGGCCUGGGGGGACACUGCCAAGAGCAGCAGCACCGAAGACUGUGACAGCAAGGAAUGGGAACAGGGAGACUGCCCCGAAGGGGACUUGAAAGCAAAGAGAGUUGCAGCCGUGCCCCCCAUGUUCCAAAAUAUCCAUGUGACUUUCCGUGUGCACUAUAUCACACACUCAGAUGCUCAGCUGAUUGGUGUUACAGGUGACCACGAGUGUCUGGGGCAGUGGCACAGCUACGUACCACUCAAGUAUGACAAGGAUGGCUUCUGGUCCGAAUCUAUUACGUUGCCAGUGGACACCACCCUAGAGUGGAAAUUUAUCCUGGUGGAGAACGGCAAGGUCAAACGCUGGGAAGAAUGCAGCAACAGAACCCUAGUGACUGCACAUGAAGAUCAGAUGGCCCACCAGUGGUGGGGGUAUCAUUAGUUAAACCUUGCAAGCUGCUUAUUUCAUGGCAAACCUGCUUAGAUACAUCACACAGCCCUGAAACUCAACACCUCUUCAGUAGGAGACAAUCUCACUUGCAGAGCUCUGUAUGGCUUUUGUCAAACCUGGCUAAACUGAACGAGCAGCAGAUUUUGUUGUCCUUAGGAGAUAAGUUAGCAAGCAGAUAAGUCAACCUCCAAGUCUUCUGAAGAUGUGCAAGGUUGGCUAUGAAGGCACAAGCAGCGUUUCAAGCAGGAUCAUCUGGACCCUGGACUUCAGUUUGCCUUGUUUAGAGUGGGGCUGUGGGAAGAAUUGUUGUACAAACUGCUUAGGGCUUCAAAAGCAUCCUAGAAAGUGUGGCUAUGUACACUGUAAUAGGAACUUAAGU